AUGGCUCCUUCGAGCGAGACAGCGACCGUACGAGUCCUUUGUCAAAAGCUGCUUCUCUCUGGGAACCAACCGAGAACUCUCCAAUGGCUCAUUGGUUCCCCAUUUUUCCCACCUUUCACCGUCGUCUCCACCUUCCGAUGUAUCAAUCAGUCUCCUGAUUUCGAGCAAGAAUCUGAUGAUCUUCGGAAGUUGUUACCGAAAGGUUUUGAAGUCAUUGGAGGUCUGAUAGUUGGGAAUUCUGAUGCCGAGAAAAGCGCCUUUCAGGCGGUUAGAGCUGCUCGAAGAUUGCGAAAGCAUAUAUCUGAAGGCGGAGAGUUAGAUGACGAAAAGAUAGUUGGGGCUAGUUGUGAUGCAGGAACUGGUGCUAUUCAUUUUUUCAUCUCUAAGACCGAGAAUUCAACAAAGCUAGAGCCUGUUGCUUCGGUUGUGUAUGAGGAUAAGUCUGGAAAUUAUUUAUGGGAGAACGGUUGUUUGCUUCACUGUGAGCUUCCAAUCAAGUUGCCGUUCUAUUUUCCCGCAAGCUCGCCCUCUGAUUCGAAGAAGACGUUUUCAGAUGCAAUUGAUGCAGUUAUUACUCAGUUUAAAGAACCAUAUGUUGCAUACGUAGCUGAGACCUUAAAGAAAGCUUCUGGAGAUGUUCCAAAGCCAGUUGUCCUCCGUGGUAAAGAUUUGGGUUUUGGUGCUGAUGCAUCAAACAUUAACCGUCUUGCUGCUGCUGACCAAAUAUCUGACAUUAAGAUGUUAUCAUGCUCACAUUUUUUUCCGAACAGCAAAACUGCUGCAGCAGUGAAUUCAGCAGAGAAUGCAGAUAAAAUCCAGGUAUCUGUCCUGUUUAAUAGAUCCGUAAAAUCUCCAACCUCUGGUGCACCUGCUGCAGAAUAUUUUCCUGCUAUGGAAGAAGCAAGGCUCGUUGUUGUUGAUUUGAAUCUUGAUGUACUUACUUAUGCACCCAAGGAUCUUCCACUUAUGCACGCAGUCUCGAAUUUAGUUAUCCCUGCUUUGGUUGAUCAGUUGUAUUCUCUGAAGAAGAUUAUCUUACCAUACCUCUUGAUGGAACAUCCUAAGUUGCGUAUUUUUCACUUCAAUCCACCUGGCGUAUUACAUCCAAUAACAACUAUAUACGAGCUUAACUACGGGGAGACGGAAAUGAAGCAAGUCGAUGUUAGAAAAUCUCUACACUUGAGGCUUGGUCUGCCACUGGAUCGUCCACUCCUAAGAACUGCUAAUGCCUUGGAUAUUUCUGUGAAUGAUGACUCAAGGAGUAACAUAAAGAAAAGGGGUUCCAACUUGCUCAAAGACGUGCAUAUUGGAAUCCCUAGCAGCGGAGUCUCGGAGGGUGUGGCAUCACUUAUCCAAGGUUCUUAUGACUAUCAUCAUUAUCUUCAGGAUGGCUUUGAUGACUCGGGAUGGGGCUGUGCUUACCGAUCAUUGCAAACCAUUAUCUCCUGGUUCAGACUUCAACACUAUACAUCCAUUGCUGUUCCUUCACAUAGGGAAAUCCAGCAGACACUCGUGGAAAUAGGUGACAAGGAUCCUUCAUUUAUAGGAUCACGCGAGUGGAUUGGUGCCAUAGAAUUGAGUUUUGUGCUGGAUAAACUUCUUGGUGUAAGUUGCAAAAUCAUGAACUUCAGAUCUGGAUCGGAGCUCCCAGAGAAAUGCCGUGAGUUAGCUAUGCACUUUGAGACCCAAGGAACACCAAUAAUGAUUGGAGGUGGGGUUCUUGCAUACACUCUUUUGGGAGUGGAUUACGACGAAGGAAGCGGGGAUUGCGCGUUCCUGAUCUUGGAUCCGCAUUAUACAGGAAGUGAAGAUCACAAGAAGAUCAUCAAUGGUGGAUGGUGUGGCUGGAAGAAAGCUGUUGAUAGCAAAGGGAAGAGCUUUUUCUUGCACAAUAAGUUUUACAAUCUUCUUCUUCCUCAACGGCCUAACAUGAUGGCAUCGGGUGAGGGGUUUUUGACGGAUGAACAACGAAAGAAACUUGAAUUAGCAACUCAAAAUCUAUCGUCAUCUCCAAAGUCUGCUUCUCUCUUUGCUGAUUUGGCUGUCAAGUCUCCUACUGGUGGGAAGGGACCAGGAGCUGGAAAUGCAUCUAGGUGUGUGCGACGAACACACUCAGGGAAGCAUAUCAGUGUAAAGAAAGAUGGAGCUGGCGGUAAAGGAACUUGGGGAAAUGUUCUUGACACAGAAGUAGACUGUUAUUUAGAUGAAAAAGAUCCUAAUUAUGAUAGUGGAGAGGAACCAUAUGCACUUGUUGCUUCGCCAGUGUUAGACCCUUUGGAUGAUUACAAAAGAUCUGUAGUUUCCAUCAUCGACGAAUACUUUAGCUCUGGGGAUGUGGAAGUGGCUGCGUCUGACCUCAGAGAACUUGGUUUGAGCGAGUACCAUCCUUACUUUGUCAAGCGGCUCGUUUCCAUGGCCAUGGAUAGGGGCGAUAAGGAGAAGGAGAAGGCUUCGGUGUUGCUCUCGGGGUUGUAUGUUGAUGUUGUUUCACCUGAUCAAAUCAGGAUUGGGUUUAUUAGACUUCUUGAAUCGGUUGGUGAUCUCGCUUUGGACAUACCGGAUGCUGUUAAUGUCCUUGCUUUGUUUAUUGCCCGGUCCAUCGUCGAUGAAAUUCUUCCCCCAGCUUUUCUAGCUAGAGCAAAGAAGACUCUACCGGAAUCCUCUGAAGGUUUUCAGGUUAUCUUAACUGCAGAAAAGAGUCAUCUAUCGGCUCCUCACCAUGCAGAGCUAUUGGAGAGAAAAUGGGGUGGGAGCACUCACACUACAGUAGAAGAAACAAAGAAAAAGAUAUAUGAAAUUUUGAAGGAAUAUGUAGAGAACAGCAACGCUCAUGAAGCCUGUAGAUGCAUCAGAGAGUUGAGUGUCUCGUUCUUCCAUCACGAGGUGGUGAAGAGGGCUCUGGUUCUAGCAAUGGAGCUUAGAACAUCCGAGCCGCUGAUACUAAAACUUUUGAAAGAAGCUGCAGAAGAAGGUCUCAUCAGUUCGAGUCAAAUGGCGAAAGGGUUCUCCCGGGUAGCGGAGAGUCUUGAUGACCUUUCUCUAGACAUCCCAUCUGCCAAAACUUUGUUAGAAUCUAUAGUUCCUAAGGCUGUAACUGGAGGUUGGCUCGACAAAGAUUGGUUGAAAGAACGGUCUGAUCAAAAUGGAAGCAUACCAAUUGAAGACGAAAAGCUAAGGCGGUACAAGAAGGAUGUUGUAACUGUAAUUCAGGAGUAUUUCCUUUCAGAUGACAUUCCUGAGUUAAUCGGCAGUCUUGAAGAUUUAGGUUCACCUGAAUAUAACCCGGUGUUCUUAAAGAAGCUAAUCACACUUGCUAUGGAUAGGAAGAACAGAGAGAAAGAGAUGGCUUCUGUUCUUCUCUCUGCUCUUCACAUGGAGCUUUUCUCAACAGAAGAUUUCAUAAAUGGAUUCAUCAUGCUCCUUGAAUCCGCAGAAGACACAGCAUUAGACAUCUUAGAAGCAUCAAAUGAGCUUGCUCUGUUUUUAGCUAGAGCUGUGAUUGAUGAUGUCUUGGCUCCGCUUAAUCUCGAAGAGAUCUCAAACAGCUUACCGCGAAAAUCAGCUGGAAGCGAAACCAUACGCUCAGCUCGGUCUCUGAUAUCCGCUCGACACGCAGGAGAAAGACUCCUGAGAAGCUGGGGUGGUGGAACUGGCUGGGCGGUGGAAGAUGCUAAAGACAAGAUCUGGAAACUUCUAGAAGAAUACGAAACAGGAGGAGUAACUUCAGAGGCUUGUCAAUGCAUACGCGAUAUAGGGAUGCCGUUUUUCAACCACGAGGUGGUUAAGAAAGCUUUGGUAAUGGCGAUGGAGAAGAAGAACGAUCGGAUGCUAAAUCUCUUGCAGGAGUGUUUUGCUGAAGGGAUUAUUACUACUAACCAAAUGACAAAAGGGUUUGGUCGAAUCAAAGACUGUCUUGAUGACUUAUCUUUGGAUGUUCCAAACGCAGAAGAGAAAUUUAACUCGUAUGUCGCGCACGCUGAGGAGAACGGUUGGCUACACCGUGGUGUUCUGCAGACUCUUGACUGA